AUGGCAAGACUAUGUAAAAUCAUCUUCUGUUUGAUGUCAGUUCUAUUUCUAGUAGAUUCAGUUAUCUGCGCAGAUGCAGAUCCACCAAGUAAUGAUGCUCCUCCACCUGAAUCUACAGCUGAUUCUGCUCCUCCAUCUCCACCUACUGAUCUUACUGGAGCUCCAGUUUCUCCACCAAAACAUAAUGAACCUAAUAGUCCUCCGGCUCCUCCACCGUCUACUAAUGCUCCGAGUCCAUCUUCUCCAAAACAUUCCCCUGCUCCAUCACCAUCUGCACCAGCUGCAUCUGAUAAUCCCAAAUCGCCUACGCCUGCUCAAUCACCAUCGGAUGAUGGUGCCGCCGACAAUAAGAAAUCACCUGCUCCAUCACCGGAUGCAGAUAUUAAACACGUGAGUACAGAUACAGCAGGAAUGGAAGAAGAAUCAAAAGGUUCAUCUUCUUCAGGUGGAAUGAGUGGUGUAAAGAAGCUUGGGAUUAGUGUGGGAGUGAUUUUAUUUGUUGGAUGUAUUGCUGCAGGAGUUAUUGUGUACAAGAAAAGGCAAGAUAAUAUAGCGCGAUCUCGGUAUGCUUAUGCAGCUGGUGGAACUUUUCUUUAA